CAGGAAACAAUGCAUUCAGCCACAGCAGGAGCAGCAGCAGGAGCAGCAGCAGCAGCGGCGGGAGGAGUAGCGGGCAGCACUUCAUUCACCUCCCCUCCGUGUUCCCCUAGGGUUUGAGGGCGAUGAAAGGCGGAGGUGGGCUCGCAGUUGAACAACUGAAGGGCAUCAGUCAGACCAACAGCAGCAGCAGCAACUCCAGACUCUGUGUUGGACCGGGAAUCUGUGUUGGACCGGGAAUCUGUGUUGGACCGAGAUCACCAGGCUGCACACCUGGCUACAGUAAAGGCGAACGGGGAGCGGGAGAGACGCUUGCGACGUUAACAGAAUGAGGCUGUCGGGAAUGCUGGUGAGGGUGUUGGUCAUCGCCGGGUGCAUUGGCCUCCUGUGGCUGAUGCUCAGCAACAUUGUGCGCCCCUACGCCCUGCGUGCUCUCGACAUGGAGCUGAGCAAAGAUGAGAGCAAAAUGGAAAAGAAAAUCGUCCCCAUGGUGGUGAAGAAUGACUGUGACAUGGAGAAGCCGUGUCCUCCCAACAACUUCGCCUUCCGCAUCACGAGCGGCGCAGCUGACGUUGUGGGUCCCAACAUCUGCUUCUGGAACAAAACUGUGAUGAGCAGUGUGCUGAACAACGUAGGAGUGGGAUUAAAUAUCGCUCUAAUUAACGGACAAACCGGACAGGUGACCAACACUGGGCACUUUGACAUGUGGCAAGGAGAUGUAAAACUACUGAUCGAGUUCCUGAAUGGGAUCAAGGAAGGCACGAUUGUCUUGUUGGCAAGCUUUGACGAUCCCUUCACAAAGCUAAAUGAUGAGGCCAGGGCACUCUUUGUCAAGCUGGGCAGCUCAAUCGUCAACUCGCUGGCCUUCCGAGAGAGCUGGGUCUUUGUUGGUGCCUUGGGCAUCGAAGGGAAGAGCCCCUUCGAAGCGCGGCUGGAAAACAAGAAGGAGACCAACAAGUACGACGGCUGGCCAGAGAUGGUGGAGCUCGAGGGAUGCAUUCCCCGCAAGCUGACAUGACGGCACCCGUUCAAAGCGACCCGGAGCGAUGUCCCGCAUGACACCAGCGGAAGCGAAGGCCCGCUCGCACACCCACAAACUCCUCGUGUGAUACGCGUCGCGAUCCGCCUGCGCCCGGGGGAGUCGUUGCAGCGAUCGUCGGACGGAGAGCGGUGUUUCCCAAACUUUUAAGCUACUGUGAGUCUCGGAAUGAUUCGACUUUGGAGAUUUCCUCUGCUGCUGCCAUUGUGGUUAUUGAUUGGGUGGUGGGGGUUUGGGGUGGGAAGAAAUGUUUGUGGUUUGUUGAUAAUCACUUUGGGAAGCAGUGUCAGACACAACUUUUGACUCGUAUUUAUUUGCGGGAAAUGAUACCAACCUUCCCUUUGCCACACAUAUUGCUUUUAUGUGUAUUUUCUUUCAUUGGUACUGUACUUUACUUUUUUAUAUUCGGGGGUCUUGCAAAGAUGUAAGAGAAGUUUAUCAUUGCAAAUGUACACACUUCUGGAAUGCAUCGAUGUCUCUUUGCACUACCGUGGUACAUUUCCCUGUUCGUAAUGUGUGCCUUUUUGUGCUGUCAAACUAAACUCUCCGUUCAAUGAAACGGUCACUAAAUAGAUAAUUAUCAGCAUAUAUGACUUUAUAACGUUGGUGUGAUGUGUGUGGAUUCUGAUAAUUUCAUAAAACAUUACUUUAAAGUAUAGCUUAAGCGUUUAAAUAGAUUUUGUACUGGAAGACAGAGCAAAUGGUGUACGAUAUUUGAAUGUAGGUAGUUAUGGUGUACUGAAAUUGCAGUUUUAUAUGGAUGUAAUUGUUUUUAAGAUAAUUGAAGGGUAAAUGUGUUUGUCAGAAUGUGUGCUUUCUAUUUUGAUGUUAUACGUAUGAGUAAAAUCUAGAAAAAGUGGACUUAUAUUUAAUAGAUUCUUUUGGGGGGGGGGAUUUCUUGGUAUAGAAAUGGGUAUUUAUUUGCAAAAAUUGUGUUGCAAAGUCAAAGGUGAAAAUAAAAAAUAAACGUUA